AUGUCAUCUCAAGCUUCAGUCGCUCGGCUUAAGAACCACAACUUCCUUGCAGAAACACAUACAUCGUACAACAUCACCUGCCGUUCUCACCGGUUGACUUUGGAGACAUAUCUCUACUGUACAGGUGCGUCGGCCCGAAUCAUCUACAAGGUUCGCCACGUCGCAUCAACUACUCAACGCCUUGACUGGACACCGAAAGCCGCGUCUGGUCUCAUAUAUCUAUAUACACACACCCACACGUGUUACUGUGACCUGGUUUUGCUUCGAAACCCCCCCCCGACAAUGGCGCCGCUCCGUCGGUAUUUGAGAAUCACAAAGUACUCCGUGCUCGAGUGUCGCAUCUAUCUCGACAACCCGGCUCUGGCACAUACGUGGCUUCUGAACCCGCGGAACCCCAUAUUGCCCAAAGUUAUUGAGAGCGUCCGUCCACUGGUACUGCCGAAACUGCGCGAGGAGAAGGAGAGGGAACGCACUAGAAAGAAGAGCUCCAAGAAGAAGAGCAUGAAGGAUGUCGUCGUCCAAGAUGAGUUUGAGGUGUCAAUGUUCCUGACCGAGACGAGUACACGCCACUCGCUGCUCACUAAGCACAAGCAGUUCCGCGACAAAACAACCGGCAAACUGCAGUCUAAUUCUAACAAGCUCACUGGCGAAACGAAUGACGCGCCCAUCGACCUGGACAUGGAGGCCGAAGCUCCCGGUGCCACGGUACAAGUUCGGGAAGAGAGCGAGUCCGAAGGCGACUCGGGCGGUCUUUCCCGCAUCCCCGCUGUCGAUGAAACGAGCCGGCCUCGGCGGUCAAAAAGACAGCGCGGGGAAGCUCGCGAAACGGACGCUGAUUCCGAGGUGCAUUCGGACGAUGACGCCGGUGCGGAGGCCUCGGCAAUUGAGAUAGAAUCCGAGGACGACGUACCCCGGCCGUCCAAGCGUCUCAAGAAGAAGCACCAGACCGAGUCUGACGUGGAGCAAGACGAUGAUGACAAGAAGAAGAAGAUGGCCAUGGACGUUUCAUACGAAGGUUUUGCUAUCUAUGGCCGUGUGCUCUGCCUCGUCGUCAAGAAGAGGCAAGGUCUGAGAUUAGCAGCUUCGAGCGGAGCCGGGAACGCCAAGCACCCUGCCGGCCAGGCCAGUAUGGAGAACUGGAUCAGCUCUACCCAGAUGCCUAAUCCUGGCGCCGAGGAGGACGCGUCUUGA